CAUUGCAAGAUUUUAUUAUGCAUUACCAUAGCAUGUUAAAAAACACCAAUAAAUAACAGUCAAAUUCAAGCAAGGCAAUAUUACUGAAAAUUAAAAUGAUUUUAAAAUAAACAAACUUGUUCAUUAUGUCUCAGAACAGGUCAGGAUGUCGGUGGAGUUCUCUGGCUGGGAGGUGGUCGACGAUGGCGCCUGUUUCCCCGGAGUGUUGCUGGCGCCGUCGCAGACCCCUCAGAACAAGGGCGUCUACACCAUGUUCCACGGGACCAGCGUUGCCAGUGCACGUCUCAUCGUCGCUGAUGGUUUCCAGCCUUCAACGUAUGGCACGCUGGGAAGUGGCGUGUACGUGAGCCGUGAUAUGACAAAAGCAUCUCAAUACCCAUGGAACGUAGGCCCCGGUGACCACGUGAUCUUUGAGCUGCGUGUUCGUGUUGGCCGCGUCAAGCGCAUCGACCAGAAUAACCAUCCUUUGCAGUACGCCUGGAGCACACAGGGCUACAACACUGCCUGGAUACCCCCCAACUGUGGCGUAACAACCAGCGGCCUGGAGGAGGAUUGUGUUUCUGAUCCCAAAAGGGUUAAGGUAGUUGGCAUUGCAAAGGCACCGAAUGCAGCGAUAGAAAAGGAGCUUCUAGACCUUCUUGCAAAAGCAUCUAAAAAGUCUAAUGGAGGAGCUGGUGGCUCAACACCUACAUGUUCUCUGUGUAAGAGAAAGACCCAGCAGGGAGUUCCUCAUAAUAACCAGAAGUGCUGGAAGUGUGGGCAAACCAUCUGUAUUCUCAUGUCCAAGCAUUUCUGUCGAACAGAGAACCAAAUGUCAGUGCAGUUUUUUGGCUGGGAGGUGGUCUACGACGAUGACUCUCCUCGUUUGGAGCUGGGGGCCUCCCAGGAGCCCAAAGAUCGGGGCGUCUACACCAUGUACCAUGGCACCAGUGUUACUAAUGCACGUCUCAUCAUUGCCGACGGCUUUCGGCAGUCAACCAAAGGCAUGCUGGGAAGUGGCGUGUACGUGAGUCGCGACAGGAAAAAAGCUGAGCGCUAUCCUCUGAACAGUCCUUCGGAUCGCGUGGUGCUGAAGCUGCACGUCCGUGUUGGCCGCGUCAAACGUAUAGACACGGACAACCACCCCAUGCAGUACACCUGGAACGCGCAGGGCUACGACACUGCCUGGGUGCCCCCUAACUGCGGGAUGAAAGCCGUGCCCAGCGGCCUGGAAGAAGACUGCGUGUUCGACCCAAAGAGAGUGAAAGUGGUGGGCAUCGCGAAGGCACCGGAGACCGUUCUAGUAGAGCUGAAUCAGCUCGUAGCCAGCGGUCAGAAAGACGCCAGCGGGGGCGGUAACAGCGGGGGGUCUGCGGAUUUGUGCUCGCUGUGCAAGAGGCGGCAGCAGCAGGGUUCUCCGCAUGUCAAGCUACAAUGCUGGGGAUGUGGGCAAAACAUCUGCACACUUAUGGUGAAGCAUGUCUGUUCAGGGAGAUUUUAAACAGGCGCUCAUGUUUGAACUGUUCACCUCCAUGAGACCAGGUAGAAAAUAAAAAGCUGAAUUUAACUUUUCAAAUGCACAGCUCAGGGCUAAACGUUCCCUUUGUUUACCUUAAAUUAUUGCAUUUUGUGCAUUAUGUUGAAACAAUCACUGUCUUAGCCAAAAUUGAGUGUUGUUUACAAAGAUUUUUCUGAAUUUGAAUGUACUUGCUUCUGCAAUCUUUAAAAUUUUACACUUUACAUGCAAGAUACAACAUGUUUGAUCAAAGCCAGCUUAUUGUUUUAUGAAUAUUCAGCAAAAUGUUUUUAUUUCAGCCAGAAUGUGGACAUGAUUCAUGUGCAUUUUGUGGUAAUUUAUGUUCACAAAACUGAUUUCAUUUUCUGAAGACAAUGUAAAAAAAAAAAAAA